UAGUUUCUAAGCUGCUCAAAGCCCUUCGGACCUAUCGUCCCCUUUGAAACUACCUAUCCCAUGCACCUUUGCGAAAGGGGAGGGCGCAGGCGAGGAGUCCAAGUCAGAGUAGAUACUUAGAGCUUUGAAAUUUCAACUUGCCGGUGAGGCGUGUGCUAUUGAGGUUUAAAUUGCCAGAGAAAGUGGUCAGUCUUGCUGUUGCUUCAACAAAUCCUCUCAAACGACCCCCCUUUGACUUGAGUAGGCGUAGUCGUCAGGUUGACUGGCUGGUGGCGAGACCGGCGUGUGGUUGAGGGGAUUAGAGGGAGCACGAGAGGGGCGCGCCAUGUUCGCCCCCUGCUCGGGCUGGGGGUUGGGCCGCCUCCGGCUCAGCCAGCUCCGAGUUGGGGCCGGCAGAGCUGCGGGUAGCUGGGCGUGUCGGGCUGGUUCGGCCCGGGAGUACGGCUCAGGUGGGGGCCAGCGCCAGCCUGGGUCCGAACCCACAGUCUCUCGGCCAGGCCUUGCGCGCCAGGCUCUGAAGGAGUGGGCGCUGCUAGUGAGCCCAUUCGGUCGGCUGCGGGCGCGGCUUCCGUGCCAUUUGGCCGUGAGGCCCCUGGACCCCCUCACCUACCCCGACGGUGACCGCGUGCUGGUCGCGGUGAGAUCAGCGGAAGGCGGGGCGCGGGGCAUGGCCGGCCUGCAGGUGAAAUACGACGAGGCGCUGAAGGAGGUAACCAUCGUGUCUGACACCAUCGACCCCCAGGCGUCCGUGGAGGUGAACGCGCCCCUGAAGUUUGAUUUGAAUAUCAAGUCAUCAGGGUCUGGCUGUGUAAAAGUCCAAAAUAUUGAGUGUGAUAAUUGCAAAAUUGAAACUGAGCAGGGGACUGGCAUCUUACAGUCUGUUAAGAGUCAAAAAUUACAUGUUCAAACAAAAGGAGGCAAAGUGAUCUGUCUGGGAACAGUUUAUGGAAAUAUAAAUAUUCAUGCAUCAGAUAAAAGUACUGUGACCAUAGAUAAACUGCAGGGAAGUACAGUUAAUAUAUCUACUGAAGAUGGUUUGCUGGAAGCCAAGUAUCUUUAUACAGAAUCAUCAUUUCUGUCUUCUGCUGCUGGGGAUAUUACAUUAGGAAGUGUUCAUGGCAAUAUAACAUUACACAGCAACAUGGGCAACAUCACAGUAGAUUCAUCCUCUGGAUGUCUAAAGGCCUCAACUCAUCUGGGUGCAAUAGAUGUUUACGUCAGCCAACUAGGGAAAGUGGAGUUAAAAUCUCAUGAAGGCUCUAUUCUUGUCAAGGUCGCAUCUUCUCUUCAAGCUCGUUUAGAGUUAUCAGGGAAAGAGGUUGACGUGAACUCAGAAGUCCAUGUUCAAGAAAUGGCUGAAGCUCAUAAAGAUGAUGGUGUAAUAAUUACUGGGCUCAUGAAUCAAGCAAGCAAACAUGAAAAAUGGAUUAAGGCCGAUGCCCCAAAAGGCACUAUAAAUUUUAGAAGUCAAAGCUGGUUUCAGUCCCUGAAACUGCAGGACUAAGAAUGGUUUGAAUUUUAUUUAUAAUUUUUAACAAUGAUCAGCAGAUCUAAGACUACAAAAAUGCAAAUACCACAGUUCAUAUAAAUGUUGAAAACAAUUUAGAAUGAAUACUAGUGAAUUGUCUUGUGGAGGCCUUUUCAAAAUUUGUACUUAGCUAUUGUAUUCAUUUUUUGUUGCCCUGCAAUAAAUUACCAUAAACGUAACCAACUUAAAAUAGCAUUUACUUACUAGCUCACAGUUCUGUAGGUCAAGAGCUCUGCAUAGCUAGGCUCUCUCCUCAAGGUGCACAAGUCUGGACUCAAGUUCUCAUCUAGAUCCUCUGGGGGGAAAAAAUCUACUUUCAAGCUUAUUCAUAUUGUUGGCAAAAUCCAUUUCCUUGUGACUAUGACUGAGGUCUCUCUUUUCUUGCUGUCCAUCGGUAAUCACUCUAAGCUUCUAGAGGCCACUUGCAUUCCUUCUCAUGUGGCCCUCUCCAUCUUAAAGCCAGCACUUGCUUCUCGUGCACUGAAUAUCCGACCUAUUCUGCAACCAGCUGGAGAAACUGCUUUUAUGGGUUUGCUUGAUUAGAUCAGGCCUUCCCAGAAUAAUCUUUGUUCUGUGAUGUAACAUAAUCAUGGGAGUGCUCGCUCAUCAUAUUUACAAUUUCCAUUUAUACCCAAGAAGAGAAGAUUAUACAAAAGCAUAGGUCAUGGGCGGCAGUUAUCUUGUAAAGAAGCAUUUCCUUCACUUUAGCUCUCUUGUAACAUGUUAGUAUUUCUUAUGACAUCAAUGUAAAUGUAAGCUGUCAAUAAAAUACGUCAUAAAAAUGA